AUGAAUGAAGAAGCUUUGAAAGAGGAGGAUUGGCGUUACAAAUAUCGUUCAGCGUUCACCUAUGCUCCGUAUAAUGAUCUCGAUAAAAUGGGAUAUGAAGCUCCAAAACGUUAUUCAACUCAGAUCGGCCCACGAUGCUGUCGAUAUUCCUACUCCGUUACUGAGACAAAAGCCGUGGAAGGAGCACCACUUACUAUACAUAUCGCUGCCGUGGAAAGUAUUUUUAUUGUAUUGGCAUUUCUGCUAUUUCUGAUAACGCUUCCUUUCUCCCUUAUUUUUUCCCUGAAGUUUGUGGGUGAUUUUGAACGUCUUGUUGUACUUCGGCUUGGUCGGGCACAAAAAACACGUGGACCGGGUGCAACUGUAGUGCUACCGUGUAUAGAUACGUACACAAAAGUGGAUCUUCGUGUGAAUGCAUUUAAUGUACCACCCAUGCAAAUAAUAACUUUUGAUCGGGGUCUAGUGGAGCUUGGAGCUACUGUUUUCUCGCAGGUGAAAGACGCAUUGGCAGCGGUUUGUGCAGUACAAGAACGAAAUCGAUCAACCCGUGUCUUAUCUGUUGCAACGCUGCGUCGUUUGGUUUGCAAACGACGAGUUAGUGAUGUUACCUCGAGUUUAGGUCGUAGACAGUUAUGCGAAAACCUUCAGGUUGAACUUGGCGUGCUCACAACUGCAUGGGGUGUUGAAAUCACCAAAGUAGAAUUAUCGGAAGUGAAGGUGAUUAAAGAAGGCGAAAACAUGGCUUUAGCUACUUUCAAUAAGGUGUUAAAGUCAGAAAUAGGUUCUCGAAUCAUUGAAACGAUAAAGGGCGUAGUACAGGAAUUUGUCGUACAACAACAGCAAAAACAACAAUCAGGUCACCAACAGCAAAUCGAAAACCAUACAAAAAGCGAUAUAACAGAUUUAUCUGGAGAAUUAAGCGAAAAGAACGAAUUAAGAUGCGUUUUAAAUAAUUCCUUGAAAAAUCUGGAUAUCGACCGUUUGCUAUGUUCUCUGACAAUGGUUAUCGAUAAGCAGUUAGUCACCUCUGUAGGAUAUGUCUUCCAAGUGAACUGUAUUGGAUUUGGUGACUUUUAUGUAGAUUUAAAAAACGGUUCUGGGAAUUGUUGCAAAGGUACCAGUCCGACAGCUGAUGUUACUCUCGGAUUGAGCCGUGAACUGCUGCUUAAACUUUUAAAGAAAGAAGUAACUCCGAUGCAAGCUUAUUUGGAUGGUUCCUUACAAAUAGUUGGUUCAGUGAAAGCAGCCAUUAGACUAACCUUACUAUCGGAUCGUUUUAACUGUUUGCUAUAA